UGUGUGUUGCGUCCUAGGAAUGGAAGACAGUCGCGUGAUUAUCGGUUGAAGCUGGACAUACGUCCUGCUGACAGUGUGUGUAAGCUGAGGGACGUCCGCAUGAUAAUAACCCAUUGGUUAAGUGACCCCAUCACAUCCUAGAAAUUAAUCUUCUCUGCUUUCUACCAGGGUAUCACUUGGUUUUAGGGGACCUUUGAAAGGACCUUCGCUGAAGCUUUGUCCAAAAAUCUGUGGACAUCGGCACUUUGCUCUGAGAUAUAACUUAAGACAGUGGAAAUGUCCGAAGACAUCCUCCGUUUCCAGACUCUGCUCUCCGGAAUCAUGGAAGCUGUCCUGAAAGGGGCCAUUUAUGAUAUCACCAGACUGGUGGAGGACAGCUUCCUGGAUGAAGUCGUGAGGAGCAGACAGGAGAUAAAGGCUCUGAGAGAGAGUCUGCAGUGCUUCGAAAGGAGGUGGAGAGAGCGAGAUGGGGCCAUGAGGGAACGGGGUGUGGGGUAUGGAAGGGCUGAGGUGUUCGGUAAGGAGAGGAUCCACAGAGCUGCGGAAACGCAGUCUGUAGAUGUUGAGGAAUGGCUGGAGGUCAAAGGGGCAAUUGUGAACCAGGGCCCAUGCCUUUGGGAAGAGUUGGACAGAACGCCUUCUGAGGUUCGUCCGGAAACAGCUGCUUGCAGGGCCACCAUGCCUCUCCAGAUGGCCAAUAAAAUGCCCAUGGAUCUGGAAGGAGAUGUACUUGAGUUAAUAUGUAAAGAGGAGGAUCUCAAUAAGGAACCAUCAAGGGCCCAUCCAACUGGAGCUACAAGUGGCAAUAACAGUCAGCUCUAUGUUGACCUCAGCGAGCAGGUCAGUAAAGCUCAGCCCAGCCUCAGCCUUGGCCAGAACACAGAUCCCUCAUCUACACGUGUUAUUUCUGAGACGAAGAGGCGUCCAAGUGAGGGGGAAAGCAAGAAAUCCGAAUCGCAACUUGAGAAUUAUAUACUGAAGCUCAGUCAAACCGAGGCUGAGGUUGGAAGUAGAAGGAUGGCCAAAACAGGUUUUAAUCACGUGAUACACAAGAUUGUGGACCGACAGCCAACUAUACAAAAAGCUGUGUGUGGUGCACCCAGUAUCUCCGGUCCUGCAGAACGGUACUCAGAUGAUCAGCAUGCUGACCACUGUCAACCCCCUGUGGAAUCUGUCAAUGGGAAACCAGAGCACCCCUUGGCAGGUGCUGUGUCCAUUAAAGAGGAGGUUGAAGUACAGUCUGCGUGGAGUGAAGAGGCCAGAUCAGCGUCAGCUCGUGAACAACACAGCGAGCCUGGAGAAAACUGUCCGAAUGAAUUGCCGGUUCCCUUUCCUUUUGUAGUCGAUGCAGUGGGGCUUCAGAGACUCAACUCUGCAAAGGCGAAAAUCCCCGCACCGCAGCUGAGGGGGCAGGAGCACAGAUUUGGGGAACACUCCCAUCCAAGUGAGAGCGAAAGGACAGACCAGACUAACUCCAGUUCCACAAAGAUGACUCAUUUUGUUCCUCGCAAUAAAGGAUUUGAGACAUCAGCAAACGCAGGCAACUACAAGGUUGUUUCCAGUGGAGAAAAACCGUUCAGCUGUCUGCACUGUGGGAAGAGCUUCAUUCUGCUGAGGAAUCUUAAAGACCACCAGCGAUACCACACCGGGAAGAAGUCAUACACUUGCACGCAGUGUGGGAAGGGCUUUGUUUUUAUGUGUCACCUUAAGGUGCACUUGAAAAGUCACACAGGUGAAAGACCCUUCACCUGCACACAGUGUGGGAAGAGUUUUACUUACCUAUGCAACUUGAAAUCACACGAGCAAUAUCACACGGGGGAGAAACCGUUCAGCUGCUUACAGUGCGGGAAGACCUUCAGCCACCUUAGUCAUUUGAAAAAACACCAGCUGGUUCAUUCUGGAGAGAGACCAUACAGUUGUAACGAAUGCGGCAAAAAGUUUUCCACAAACGGGGACCUGAAACGACACCAGAAAACUCACAUUAGGUAAAACUGUGUAGCUGUUUCAGAAUCUUCUUCUCUGCAAUGUUGAUGUUUUUUCUUUUAAAUGAUCACCUGCUAAUGUUUAACAUCCUCAAAUAAAAAAUGGUUAUA